UCUUUAAGACAAAGUUGAACUUCGCAUUUGUACUUUAACGACCGUUGUUCGGUGGAUGCGGACAGAGGUUCUGAUGGGUUCAGUGCGGAAGUUUAAUGCCGGUUAGCUUGUCCAAGCUAGUUUGGACAGAACCUAACCUUAACAUCAGAACCGAACACAGACGUUUGGAGGUCGUUGCCAUGGAGCCAGCCUGGCGACAGCCGGGGCGUGGUCGUGGCCGGAGUCAGGAGUGUCCGGGUGAAAGGUCACAGCCCUCUCAGAAAGAGCAGGAGAGGCCUGGAGCUGCUGCAGGUCGUGGAGCGAGGACAAAGACGGCUGCAUCCUCUGAUCCUCCAAAAGCUGCGUCGGUCCAGUCUAAGUUCGAGGAGAUCAGGAAGUCCAACCAGGCUGCUGCUCAGCGGCUGGUGGAGAACCAGAUCAGCUCCUCCUCUGAUGAAGAUGAUGAGGAUAGUGACCACAAGAAUGGAAAGACAGGGAAGAUCCUGGCCUCCACCUUCACAACCUACACUGACCAAACAGGUGGUGAUGCAGCAAGUUUGGUCAAAACUGAGCAGUACGUCAGUGACCUGUUUCAGUCUGGAGCUCUUACCUGUCUGAUCUGCAUCGCCUCCGUCAAGAGGAUACAACCAGUGUGGAGCUGCUCCAGCUGUUUCUCUCUCUUCCACCUUCCCUGUAUUCAGAAAUGGGCCAGAGACUCAGUCUUCCUCGUCUCCUCUGUCACUGAUGAAGACUUUGGACAGAAGCAGCAUCCGUGGCCUUGUCCAAAGUGCAGAGCAGAGUAUCCUCCCAGUUCCACCCCCAGCAGGUACAUGUGUUACUGUGGGAAGCUGCAGGACCCUCCGGCUGACCCCUGGUUGGCUCCUCACUCCUGUGGCUCCGUGUGUCAGAAGCAGCUCAGACCCAGCUGUGGACACACCUGCCUGCUGCUCUGUCACCCAGGCCCUUGUCCUCCGUGUCCCAAGAUGGUGUCUGUUUCAUGUCUGUGUGGUAAAGCCAAGCCCCUCCCCCGUCGCUGUAGCAACAAGUCAUGGUCGUGUCAGCAGCCGUGUGGCAGGUUGUUAACCUGCAAACAGCACAUCUGUACACAGCCCUGUCACACAGAGUGCUCUCCGUGUCCCAGGGUCAGCGUUCAGAUGUGUGUGUGUGGCAGGGACCAGGCAGAGAGACCCUGUUCCAGCCCUCGGUGGACCUGUCAGCAGGUGUGUGGAGCUCGACUCUCCUGUGGGAAUCACACCUGUGAGGUCGUGUGUCAUGACGGACUAUGUCCUCCCUGCCCUCGCUCUGUCAGCAGAUCCUGUCCUUGUGGGAAGAGCAAGUCGUCCCUGCCGUGUACGGAGGAGGUGCUGCCCUGCGGCGACACGUGUGACCGUCCUCUGUCCUGUGGGAAACACACGUGUUCCAUGAGGUGUCACAGAGGAGGCUGUGAGACCUGUAGACAGGAGGUGGAGAAGGAGUGCAGGUGUGGGAAGUACAGGAAGCUGAUGCCGUGCCAUAGAGAAUACCUGUGUGACUCCAAGUGCCCAAGAACCAGGAGCUGCCAGAAGCACCAGUGCAGGAGGAAGUGUUGCCCCGGUAACUGCCCUCCUUGUGAUCAGAGCUGUGGUCGAACUCUGGGCUGUCGCAACCACAAGUGUCCCUCAGUCUGUCACCAAGGAAGCUGCUACCCCUGCCCAGAGACGGUGGAGGUCCCGUGUACCUGUGGUUCGGCUGUGCUGGUGGUUCCAUGUGGGAGGGAGAGGAGCACCAAACCCCCACGAUGCAAGGAGCCGUGCAGGUCUCCUCCCUCCUGCCACCACCCCAGCAGGGAGCCCCAUCGGUGCCACCCCGGGCCCUGCCCCCCCUGCAGACAAACCUGCUCGCUGCCUCUGCCCGGCUGCAGCCACGCCUGCCCGCAGCCGUGCCACGACCUGGUGCUGGUCCGGUCCCAGCAGGUCCAGCUGGCAGGUCCAUGGGAGCAGCCGUCAGAACCGGCCUUCGUGAAGAAAGCCCUCCCCUGCGCUCCGUGUGAGGAACCCAUACCAACGAGCUGCUUUGGAGAACAUGAGAUCAGCCCAGUUCCCUGUCAUCGCAGAGCCCAAUUCUCCUGUGGGCGACCUUGUGGACGACCUUUAACCUGCGGCAACCACAUCUGCAGCAGAGAGUGUCACCUGGUUACCGACGGCAACAAGUGUGAGGCGUGUGAGGAGGGCUGCUCUAAGCCCCGCCCCCCCGGCUGCCCCCACACCUGCCCCCUCCCCUGUCACCAUGGCGACUGCCCCGUCUGCAACCAGAUGAUCCGCCAGCGCUGCCACUGCAAGCUCAGCACGCUCUACGUGGAGUGCAGGACGAUGAUGUCAGCUGAUGAACAGACCAGGAUGAGGCUGAACUCCUGCAACAACCAGUGUCCUAAGGAGCUGAGCUGUGGCCAUCGCUGUAAGCAGGUGUGUCAUCCAGGUGUGUGUGAGGACAAAUGCCAGCAGAAGGUGAAACUCCGCUGCCCUUGCAGGAGGAUCAAGAAGGACUUCCCGUGCUCGCUGGCUGCUCAGGCCCUUCAGUGUGAUGAUGCCUGUAAGGAGCAGCAGAGGAAGGUGAGCCAGCUGAAGGAGGCGGAGCAGAGAGCAGCGGAGGAGGAGGAGCACAGGAGGCAGCAGGAGGAGCUGGAGGCGUUCGAGAAGCGCCAGCAGCGAGGAGGUCGCCGCAGCAAGAAGCGAGGGCGGAGGGAGGAGGCGGAUGAGGAGCGGGGCCGGAGCAGGUGGUGGAGGAGGUGCGUCGUCGUGGUCCUGGUACCGCUGGGUGGCGCCGCCCUGUCCGCCGCCGCCUAUUACCUGCUGAGCCGGACCUGAACCCAGCUGGGAUCGACCUGGUCUCUGUUCUAGUGUUUAGUUCCUGAAGGAUCAGACCUGCGUUAAAAUAAAAGCUUCUCAUUCAACUGAACCCACAAAUGUUUUCUCAACUGAUCACUUGUUCUGUGAAGUAUUUGUUCAAUAAAAGCAGAAAAUAAGA